CAUCACCGAUCCAGACCGCGACACCAACAUUUCAUUUAGCUUUCAGCCCUCCACAACAAUUCCGCACUUACAGCAAUGAUCCCUCUUUGAACGACAUCUGCUACGAAUAAUCACCCCAUGUCCGCCAUCGCUCUUCCACCUCCCUUCCUAAAUGGCCGUCCCUACGCCCCUGUUUCCGCCACCGCCAGCUUCAGCUUCAGCCUCCGAUUCCGCUUCGAUUCCAGCCACAGCGCCAGCACACGACCAGUCGUCUGGGAAUUAUGAAUAUGAGAGCAUCAACGGCAAUGAGAACAGUGGAAAUAAUGCUGAGGAAAGUGUUCCGCGCGGGUUGAGUAACAGGAUUUGUGCAGAUAUGACGGAAUCUGAGAAGACAACGGCUACAGAUACGAACACGCGAUGGGACGAUUCUAAUUCGAUGCAUUCAAUACCGGACCCCUCUCCUUCAGCGCGAGCAGAUAAAAUGGAAGCUAUCGCGGAGGAUCCUGUGACUACAACUGCAGCGGAGGAAAAAGACGAUCAGGAACAAGGCCAAGGACAGAAAACAGCCGGCUCGGAAUUGCGCCCCAAGCGGUCUCGUGCGCAAUCGACGACGAGCUUAGUGGAUGGUCCUUCGAUUUUUCAGCCACAUACUGUGAAUGGGGAGACUAGGACGGAUCACAGCGGCAGUAAUGGGAAUUUGGACGUUCCGCUAUCUCCUAAGGGCACGAAAGCGACUGAGGGCACUCAUCGUGGAUCAGUUGGGGAGGAUAUUGAAGGGCCCGGGGCAGUCACUCCGCAACGAAACCAAGACAGGGAUAAAGAGGGAGAAAGGAUACUGAAGCUAUCGCCGUCGAGGAUCCACGAGCUCACGUCGUCACCGCAGUCGAUUCCGCUUCGCCCGGUUCCUGAGGCUUCGCCGGAGUACGGUCGACGGGUUAUGUCUGAUAACACGUAUACGACGGCUUCGCGGUCGGGGUCUGGCGAUGGGAUGGCGCCACCGCAGUUACAGCUUCCGGCUGAUUUGAGGAUAUCGAUGGAUAUUGCUAAGAUUCGGGGUAGUAAGGAUCUUCAUCUGGAUGAGCUGCCGGAAGCGUUGAGUCCGGGGACGAGGCCGGUGUCUUCUUCAUCGCGCAAUGGGCGGCCACAUGUGUCGAGGACGGUUUCGACCCCGUUAGCAUCGUCGUCGCAGCGACAGAAGCCCGCUUCUUCGAAUAAUGAGCGUCUGGCGCAGACCUGGUCGUCACGCCCCAGACAGGAUCGACCAUCUAUAACUCGCAUGGAACAACCCGAACCAAAGCAUCAUCAUAAUCAUAAUAAUCAUGGCCUCGCGCCACCACCCCAGCUAGCGGAGCCGGCUCUCCCACCUUCUAUGCCUCAGUCUAUACCCCUUCCGCCUGUUUCGAUACCUACAUACUUGCAACUAGAGCUUGCUUCUGGCCGGCCGUCACCGUUGUACAUUCAUCGCUCCGCUACGUCCGACUUUCCAUACGAGUCUGCGCGGGUGAAACUUGAACGAUUGGUCAAUUUUCUAAUGCUCCCUCCGGCAGUGGAGCAGGUGCUCUGGUUUGGGCUUCUAGCAUGUCUCGAUUCAUGGCUUUAUUCAUUUACGAUACUCCCUCUACGUUUUGUCAAAGCAUUGUACAUUCUACUGGAAUCAUGGGUUGUGAAUCUCGGUGUUGAAUUCCGGUAUAUCUCGGGGUUUGUGUAUAAUGGUGUUGGACGGGUAUGGCGUCGGAGGAACAAGGCUGCUUCUAUCUCGGCUGGUUCUGAACCACAACGCAGUCCGGAGCUCGACGGGAGAUUUCGAACAAAACAAGAACAGGCCAUUGAGCGAGAAUCGCGUCCUAGAGCUCCGGCGGAGCCGCGACGGCGGCAUCGGGCCGAGACGUAUCGGCAUCAUCGACGACAGAAGUCGAUUCCCUCUGCGCUGCUUCCGGAUGAUAAGGCGGAUAUUCUGAAGGGAUUGCUUAUGAUUGUGACGUGUUGGGUGCUUAUGCGGUUUGAUGCGAGUCGGAUGUAUCACUGGAUUCGCGGACAGGCUGCGAUUAAGCUCUACGUGAUCUACAACGUCCUCGAAGUCAGUGAUCGGCUGCUUGGUGCUAUUGGGCAGGAUGUGUUGGAGUGUCUGUUCUCUCGAGAAGCACUGGAGCGGCGGCCGGAUGGACGGAGUAAGGUGUUUCGUCCGUUUGGGCUGUUUCUGCUUGCGCUGGCGUACACGGUGCUUCAUUCUACGUCGCUGUUUUAUCAGGUCAUGACGCUGAACGUGGCUGUUAACUCCUACUCGAAUGCGUUGAUCACACUCCUACUCUCCAACCAGUUCGUGGAGAUCAAAUCGACCGUGUUCAAGAAAUUCGAAAAAGAGAACCUCUUCCAACUCACCUGCGCAGACGUGGUCGAGCGCUUCCAACUCUGGCUCAUGCUCACGAUAAUCGCCUCGCGCAACAUCGUCGAAACAGGCGCUUUCAACUUCGUCGGCAGCCUAGGCUCAACCUGGAGUAUCAGCGGGAACUCCUCAACAAGCACAAACAGCACACCCCUCUCCACACCUCCCCGAACAGCAUCCUCUAUCCUCCCACAGUCCUUCACCAUCCUCCCAUCUUCCCUAAUUGCAUCCUUUAGCCAAGUCAACACCUUCCUCCCGAGUCUCUUACAGGUCCUCGGUCCAUUCCUCGUCGUCUUGGGAUCGGAAAUGCUAGUCGACUGGCUCAAACACGCCUACAUCAACAAAUUCAACAACGUCCGUCCAAACAUCUACGGCCGCUUCCUCGACAUCCUAACGAAGGAUUACUACACCAACGCCUUCGGCGACCAAAACCUCACCCGCAGACUCGGUCUCCCCGUCAUUCCACUAUCCUGUCUCUUCUUCCGCGUCUCAGUACAAACAUACAAAAUGUUCCUCGCCGCAUCUCUGCCCCAACAACCCUCCUCAACAAUGCAAGCGACUUCUCUCUCUUCGAUACAUAAUCACUACGCGCCAGCGCCAGCGCAAUCAGCACCGCCACUAACACUGAAAACAAUCGUCCCGUCCUCGAUGGCGCAUAUAAGUAAUAUCUUCCGCAGUGUGCUCGCAAACGCAAUGCCAACCCCUGCACAAUCAGUCUACAUCUUCACCGUCAUCUUGUUAAUAACCCUCUUCCUUGUCCUGCUUAUCUUCAAACUCCUCUUGGGAAUGGGUCUCCUCGCGUACUCCCGCAGACGGUAUCAGGGUAUGAAACUAGCUGAAUACGAACGCGCGCAUCCCCACCCCCACCCCCAACCCCCACCAAACAACCUCACCGAAACCGCAAAGCCCCGCGGCUACGCAGUCGAAGGAAGCAAACGCAUCGGCGGCUGGGGCGUCGUUGAAGUCGGGGAAGAUAGACGCCGGUGGGUAUAUGCCGAUGACCCCGAGGGAUUGAAGAGGGUGCGCGCGUAUGAGGAGAAGGAGGUGAAGAAGGGGAGUGAGGAGGGGAGUUUUGAUCAUGUGCAGAGGUAUGAGAUGGUUGCUAAGAGGAUUUGGUAGCGGCUUCUUUCCUGUUGAGGAUGAGGGGGGAGGGGGGUGCAUUGUUUGUUUAAAUGAAUCUUUGGGAUACCCCGAUGUUGUAUACAUUAUAUUGAGAUAUAAUUGUUAGGAUUAACGUUAGAUGCUAGUACAUACACAUAUGCACAGCAAUGUGUUUUAAUACAUCC